CUGUUUUUUCCCUUCCGAUGAAAGGUCUGUCUUGGUUAGCCGCCGAGAUGAGUGGCGCUGAUUCACUGCCGCCAAGCACAGCGUUGCCUGUCGUGUGAUGGUGGCGGCAUCACAAGCGGGAAGAGCAUUUUAUUAUGUUUCUCGGAGAGACAGGAUAGUCGGAUGGCGGUCAGCCCACAUCCGUACCACCAAGAAUCAGGACAGAGACAUAACGUUAGUAGAUGGCAUCCGUAGAUGCAAGCUGAACGUCGGCUUCCCCCGCCUCCUUUCCGGAUCAGGAGAUUGUGUCUGGCAACGGAGCUCGGGACCUUGCCAAGCCCGGCGACGGUGCUGUGAACUCGGCGGGGAGUCCUGUCGAAGGUUCCGUGGAGGUCCAUCUGGGUUCCGGCAUAACAUUCGCCUGAUUUCACGUCUUCGAACACACACGUCCAAUUUCGAUUUCGUCGAGAUCGGUCUUGCGGAAGAGCUAUUGCCAAACAUCUUGCACUGCAGGCAGAAAGCGGCGCGCUGUUCUUGCAGGCCACUUCAACCCCCUCCGAUACUCCAGUAUCUGCUCUCCAAGGCCGUGUUGCGGUUGUGGCAGCUGAGGCCUGAGGGGAUAUCGGGAUAUCGCUUCGGGAAUACGACUGCAGCGUUCCCUUCUUCCUGCGGGCCACGCCAUCUAGUUUCCAGAAUCGGCACAGUCGCUCCUGGAGAUACGAGGCCAAGUCAAGUUAUCUGUCACGCGCCUUUGGCUGUGACUGAGCUGUGAAGAUAGCAUCGUCUCGCUCGCAACCUUUUCAGGAGGUCGGCUCUUGUUCAUCAGACGAGCAAGCUCCCGUGAUAAAUCAUAAGUAUGCGUUUGUAAUCAACGGCUCUCAAGGUGCGU